CCACACAUUCUUCUUUCCUCGUCCGUUCAUCGUCAUGGUUGCAUCGUACUUGCCCGUCAAAAUUGCUUUUAUUGGUGGCAGCGGUCUCUAUAAUCUCGAAGGCCUCGAGGUUGUCACAGAGGUCAACCCAGAGACACCAUGGGGAAAGCCUAGUGAUGCAAUUGUCAUUGCCCGCACGCCGACUGGACUUCAUGUUGCAUUUUUGGCUCGCCACGGUCGUGGCCAUUAUUUGACACCUUCAGAAGUUCCUGGCCGUGCCAACAUUGCAGCCUUGAAGUCCAUCGGCGUUGAAGUCAUUAUCGCCUUUUCAGCUGUCGGUUCUCUGCGUGAGGAGCUCAAACCCCGUGAUUUUGUAUUGCCUGACCAAAUCAUUGAUCGUACGAAGGGAAUCCGUGACUCGACCUUUUUUGAAAAGGGAUUGGUGGCUCAUGCAAUGUUUGCAGAUCCGUUCUCUAGAGUCUUGGAAGAGGUGAUCUGGGAUCAAAAGCACGUGGUUGAAGGAGGUGAUUUCCAUCGUAGUAAAACCUUGGUCUGUAUGGAAGGACCUCAAUUCUCAACUCGUGCAGAGUCUCACAUGUACCGUGCCCUUGGUGGAGACUUGAUCAACAUGAGCGCAUUGCCUGAAGCAAAAUUGGCAAGAGAGGCCGAGAUCGCUUAUCAGAUGAUUUGCAUGUCAACCGAUUAUGACUGCUGGAAAGAACAUGAAGAACCUGUUACAGUCGAGGCUGUCGUCGCCAACUUUAAGUCGAACGCCAGCAACGCUCAGAAAUUGUUGGUUGCCAUCUUACCAGGACUACAGGAUGUAGUCGAAAAUGGCAAGGCUCUGGUGGGUUUAAAGGGUAGUAUGAGGUUUGCCUGUAUGACUGCGCCUGAAAAGAGGAACAAGGAGGCUGUCAAGAAAUUGGAGUAUCUCCUGCCUGGAUACUACACCGUAUAAAGAUAUUUAGACUAGAAUUCAACUGCAUUAAUAAUACUACAUACAAAAAAGUUUUAGAAUUCUUUGAUGCCAC